AUGUCAUUAGCACCAAAAAAAGAAUCUGUUGAUGUUCUUCAACUAGAUGCCGAAGUUCAGUUUGCAGAUGGCGGAUGGAGGGCGUACUCUGUGGUUGCGGGAUCGUGCUUUGGACUGAUCUCUGUUUUCGGGAUGAUGAACUCUGUGGGGGCGAUACAGGCCUAUAUUUCGAAUCAUCAAUUGCACGCCGUCGAGUCUUCGACAAUUUCGUGGAUCUUCGCACUCUACGUAUUUUUCGUAUAUGCCUCUAGCAUCUUUUCUGGUUGCUAUUUUGACAGAAAUGGAUGCAAGUCUACCAAGUGGGUUGGAUUUGUACUCUCAACAGUGGGCAUAUUUUGUUUGGCCGAGUGCAAAGAAACUUAUCAGUUCAUUUUAUGCCUCGGUGUCUUGUAUGGCGCGGGUUCAGGGAUUUUAAUGACUUGUUACAUUUCAAGUGUGGCUACGUGGUUCAAGCAAAACCGUGCCAAUGCUCUGUCGAUCGCAUCCAUUGGAGGGUCUAUAGGUGGGAUCGUGUUUCCAGUUAUGCUGCGAAAGUUAUAUUCGCAGCUGGGCUACAAAUGGGCAAUCAGAAUUCUGGCGUUCGUUCUGACUGCAUGCUCAACACCAUCUGUAUUGCUCGCUCGAGAGAACCCAGACGUCAUGAAAUAUGAUACCAGGAGACAUUCUUUUAAGGAAAUUGCCUUGAUUUAUGCUAAACACAGUUUUGACAUUCGAUUUUUGAAGGACUGGAAGUUUCUAUUUUGCGCGUUGGGAUGCUGUUUUGCCGAGAAUGGGUUAAUGGUUAUUGCUACAUACUACCCCUCUUAUGCUCUUUCGAAAGGAAUUUCAGAAAGUACAUCAUACACCUUGAUUACCAUUGUCAAUACAGCCGGGCUUUUGGGUCGUACCUCUGGGUACCUUGCUGAUCGAUACGUGGGGCUCAUCAUGAUUCUAACCAUCUGUUUGUUUUUGAUGACAGUGCUGGCGCUCGUCGUAUGGUUACCUUUUGGGCAUAAUCUCAAUGUGCUUUACGUCUUUUCAGCUGUCUAUGGUGUUUUUUGUUCAUCUAUAUUGUCCAUGGUCCCCGCCAGCGUUGGCCAAGUUUGCAAGAUUGAAGAAUUUGGGAGAAAGUUUAGCAUGAUGUACUUUAUGACUGCCUUGACAAGUUUAUGGGCUUUCCCAACUGGGGGAGCAAUACUAGGCGAUGGCACUGCAAGAGACUACAACAUGUUGAUUGUAUACUGCGCGGUACUGACAUUCGUCGGAUGCGGUUGUUAUGUCGCUACUCGAUUUUUGGCAGUUGGGGCGCAAAGAGUAAAGUUUUAG